GUCGGCAGGCUGAAAAAAAAUAUAUAUAUAUAAUAUCAUUGUUAUCUUGCAUCUCGUCACCCUCCCAAGAUAAAGGAUUUUCUCAGUCUCAGGUCUCUGCUCUCGUGUUGGCUCAUCUAUAUCCGCCACAACAUUCCUGCGGAGCAACGCGACAUCUCAACUUACCACUCGUCGAGGUCCAACUCGCAGCAUCGUGGUAUCGACCAGAUGGCGGCGCCAAGGCUUUUUGACCUUCCCCUGGAGAUCCGUCUGGAGAUCUACCGUUUGGUAUUUGGUCAUGCAAAAGUGGUUGUUGAGGCAAAGAGCGAAGAUGAGAGUGGCGCUCUCCUGCCCCAGCUGGCAGAGUUCGGGAACCACUCGCCAAGGUCGUCCCAGCUCUUGAGAGUCAACAAGACGAUCCUCCUCGAAGCCCGGCCCAUCCUCUAUGCCAACACGGUCUUCCAUAUCAUCCACCAUGCCUUUGCCGGAAAGUUGCCAACUCGGAUCACCGACGGUCAUCCAUGUGCGCCGCAUAUCAAGCACCUGGUUUGGCAGCUGGAUUGUGACAUGCUGAAACACUUUUACCCUGAAGAUCUUCAACUUGACCUUGGCGAAGUGGCUCGAUGGAGCAGCCUCGAAAUACGAUGUCGAGCCGAGACGUGGCGGAAUUCAUUUCUGGGCGAAUGGUGUGAUCGCGAGGCUUUUGUGAGAGGCAGAGCUCAGGUCUUGGAGUAUGCCCAAGUAUUUCACCAUGCCAUGCGCCACCGUAGUGGAGGGAGGCUUACCUUUGCUGAGGACCGGAGUCAACUGGGAAGGGGACGUAUCAUCCUGAGACUGAGCAGCGGCCGGGUGAAUUCAGUACAGCAGCAGUCUGUGGAUGAACUCUUGAUCAUCGCCACCCCUUGAUCCAACCGCUUGGCCGAUUACAAUCCAAUGCACCAGCGUGCUGGGCUACAGAGAAUCAGCAUGCUUGUCGAGGCGACAACGAAGUGUUUCACUUUUGGUCGAUGGUUCUGGUCAAAGUAUGCCUUCUCCAUCGAAGCGAGACUGCAACCUGCAAAGCAAAAAAAGAGGUCAGGCGAGUCGCCGCCGACACAUACCACUGCGGGAUUGAACCGCGUCCGUCAUCUUUUUGGCCUUACUUGCCCGCUGAAUCUAGGGACUUAGGGUACGCCGACGUCUCUCUCGCACCCAGAUCUCGAUCGGACGGCUUGCUGAAGUGUUUGGACAACUUCGCAGCUGGGGUGGGCAAGCAAGGCCAGUCAGGGCCGUGUGAUGGUAUGAUUGAUUAGAGGGCUCUUGGGGCCUGCCUAGUCAAGGAAGGACUAGCGAUUGAUGCAGUGGUCAGAAGCCCCUGGGAACAUGGUUGACUGCAAGACUUGGAAGGUUUGGAGCCCAGUUCCAGGUGUGCAGAUUGGCUCGAGGCGUCCAAGCGAUGGCAUCGAUCUCCGAAGUUUGGUCUGAGGGCAGACCCCGACGGUGGGCUGGGGCGUUAGCUGCUGGGCAUUGUUAGACGGUGGGACCAUCUCUACAGCCAAUGUCUGGUACCUCUGUGGAAGUAUCUGCACCGUUCACCUACAAGGGAAUGGUGCAGCCCACGGCACCAGAGGUACGAGGAGAGAAGUACCUCGGACAGCGGGCAACGGGCAAAGGAGAGACUGACGUGGUGCGGCAGUCGCCGAUCGCACACAAAGCUGAGCACCAGUCCGCAGAAGCCAUUGGCAGGAAAUGGCGGGUUGACAGUGACGCAAGAGAAUCCGGAUCGGCCAGGCGCCUGUUGGUCAGAGGAGCGUCUGCCUAGCGUGCCCAGCCCGUGCUAGUCCCUGUACGGACUCGCUAGGAACUGUUGAGUCCCAGUACGUCAGACCCACCUCCACGUUUCUCUCCUGGUGGCCCCCCCCCCAGCUGCUGGUUCUCUCCCAUCUCCCAUCUCCCAUCUCCCAUCGUGCCAUCUCCCAACCAUCGGCCACCUUCCAUUUUCCCGCCAUGCAUUCGUCUAUCAAAGUCGCGGUGAAAAAGCUCACUUGCAAUCUCGAGUGACCCUCUUCUAGAGCUGCCCUUUCGGGCUCUGGUCCUGAGCCCUGGCGAGAGGGGCGCCUGUGG